UUCCUCUCUUCUUCCUCUUUCUUACUUCUGCCUCCUCACCACCCAUGGCGAGCUCCUCGUCAUACCAGGCGGUCGACGCCGUAGUCUCUUCCAACUUCUCCAUCUAUAACCCCUCAGUCUCGCGUGCACGCGGCUCCGUGCGACCCAAAUCCGGUUCCUCUCCCGCCUCCGCAGUUGUAGCGAAUGGUCAGCCUUCGGACGACAUUUCUGAACAGGAUCCUUUGUUGGGUGAAUUGCGCCCUAGGAGGAAGCCAUUCUACCGGCCAAGACCUUUAUGGUACGUCUGCAACGUCUACUACUUCGUUGGAGUCAUCCGCAGAGGUGAGGCUGGUCGGCCGACGGCCCGCAGCUUAUCGCGUUGUGUCCCAAUGGGUCGCCCCAUUGGUUUCCGACUGUCUUUGGCUCGGGCUUGUCUCAGCGGCGCGUGCCGCCUCCGUCCCGGUUUGGCCAAGGGAUCGGUCGUGGAAGCGGUAUUCCUUGGUAUCUCUGGACAUCUAUUCCUUCGCCUUGGUUCAUGGCUUCGCGACUUGUACUAAGUUGGUGUUUAGGCUCGUUCCGUUCGCUAUUGUCGCGUCAGUCGUGCGCGGCAUGACUAUCGCACCUCGAGUCCAAGUCUUCACACAGUUGUCGUGCAACCAAAUAUAUGGGCACGACGUUUACGACCACACAAGCCUCAACCGCACUUCGCUUCAUCUAUUCAAUACAUUUAACACUCCUUCACUUGCCGUCAAUCCCGCAACUCCCUCUUUCCCCCCAUUAGACGUCGAUUUCUCCUUCGCACACCAGCAGAUAUCUUCAGAGGAGCCCACACUGCCACCCGAUGACGAUGGUGAUGAGCCAGACCCGCGUCGACCUCCUUCAGAGCGUUGCCUCAAGGACCCAGCUGUCCAAGCUGGAGCUGCGCGUCUUCAGACCAUCAUGACCACCACUAUGGGAGUUCUGUCCGCUCUCACCACCAUAUGGUGGGGCGGGUUUGGUGAGAGGCACGGACGUACCAAGGUUCUAGCAGCUGCUACGUUCGGUCUCUUUAUGACGGACUUGAUGUUCAUCCUCGUCUCGACGCCGCAUAGUAUCUUUGCUGCUCAUGGACACAAGCUCUUGAUCAUUUCCCCCAUCAUCGAGGGCCUGUGCGGAGGAUGGGCCACCCUGCAAGCUGCCACUUCGGCAUACGUUUCGGACUGCACCUCGGAUGGGUCGCGUGCUGGCAUCUUCUCCCGAUUUACGGGCGUGUUCUACUUUGGCUUUGCGAUGGGGCCCGCGAUUGGUGCAUUCUUGAUCCGUCACCCGUUCAUCCCGAUCUUCUCGCCGGCGGUCGGCGUGCACAACGGCGCGCCGACUGUGACCUCGGUGUUCUAUGUUGCUGCGCUCGCGUCGUUCGUCAACUUGAUGCUUGCGCUGUUUCUGUUCCCGGAGUCACUGGAUAAGAAGAAAGCCAAGGGAACCGUGUCGCCAUUACUCGCUCCGACGAUUCCAGUCGCGGAAGAGCGCCUCGGUCGCAUCGAGCGUUUGUUCAAUCCGUUCACGUUGCUCCUUCCGAAGACGGUUACGGGCCCGAACGGAUCGAAACAUAAGGACUGGAGUAUGAUGCUGCUGGCGAUGGUGCUGUUUGGCCACUUGCUCUCGUUGGGUAUGUUCCAACUCAAGUACCUUUAUGCCGAGCAUAUCUAUGGCUGGGGGGCCGAAACGCUGAGCUACUACAUCUCUUUCAUGGGAUCUGCCCGUGCUCUGCAUCUACUCUUCGUUCUUCCGUUCGUCAUCGUGACGUUCAAGCCCAAGAAACCUGUCGGGGUCCCGGGCCACCCAGUUACGCCUGCCGUAGCCAACGCAGCGCUGGCCGAGGCGAUGCGGUUCGACAAGACGCUUAUCGGCGGGUCGCUCUUCCUCGAUCUACUCUCCCACUCACUCGUCUCGCUUUCCCCCACGGACUAUGGUCCCUACUCAGGGCAGGCUCUCUUCGUCGGAGCGACGACUAUGAGCUGCUUCGGUGCUGGUUUGAUGCCAGCCGUCAACAGCCUCGCACUGUGCGUCAUGCAAUCGCACGGAGAUACAGAUACGGGCAAGAUGUUCGGCGCGUUCUCCCUGGUGCAAGCGAUUGGCCAGACGAUCCUGGGGCCCAUCCUGUUCGGGAUCAUCUAUAGCAAGACGGUCGCGACGUACCCCAAGGCGAUCUACGUCGUCGCAGGCAGCAUGGUGUUCGCCUCCUUUGUCAUUCUGCUGCUGCUCCGCCCUGACGCGCUGAUCAAGCCGACUCGCCGCAAAGGCAAGCGGGUGGGCCCUGGUGCGGUGGAGGCACGCGUCGAGCCUCCGCGGGGACGGUCGCGGAAGAAUAAGGAUAUCAGGCAAUCGAGGUUCAGCGGGCCGCCCUCUGAAGGGUCGCUCGCGUCGUCGCGCGUGCUCAAAGUCCCGCAGGCCGGACAGUCGUAUGGGGCGACGAGCUCUAGCUCGGGCUCGGGCUCUGCGUAUUUGACUGGAACGUCGUAUCAGGGGCGGUCGACGUGAUGCGCUUCGUGGUGGCGCAUUGGGAAUAUAUGUACGGAUAUCGUCUCGUCUCUUGAUUUACUACAGAUAUCUUCUGCAUUUCACAUAACGUUCAUCUCCCACCUACCCAUAGAGCAGGAUAGCAGAACUCGACCGGUCCCUCUAAUCUUCUCAUUUUAUGUAGACUAGAAUUGGUGUUUGAGGCGCGCGCAGGCGCGUCGGAGAAUGGACGGUUGUGGAUGUAGGCUGCGUAUAGAGCAACAUAGUAUUGGAUUGUAUAGGUUGCAUCCGGGAAAUUGGAUUGAUCUUCGAC